UGAUAGAGAAUUUAACUGAAAUUAAGUGUUUUGAUAAGAAUGGUGAGAAAUAGACAGAGGAUUAAGUAAAGAAAAGAGAGGUGAAAAAAUAUAAAUACGAUUGAAUAGUGCAAACAGAGAACAAUAUAAAUUUGUAGAAUGAAAGAUAAAAUAGCCUAAGGUCAUGAAUAUUUUUACCUUAGACUCAUAAAUUAAGACAAUUCAAAAGUAAUUUUGGAUUAGAUGAAUAAGAGGUUAAGAAUAAAAAAAAGUACUACAAUAAUAGAAUAAUCCAGGAAAACUAGAAAACUAGAAAAUACCCUACCCUAUAGUGACGUUGGCUGAACUUAUAAAGUCUAUUGAAUAGUUUCCGACUAAAUGGUA